GUUCUUGAUGUUUGCCCUAUAACAGCAAAAUCAGGUCAAGAUCACAAGCAGGUUGAGCAAGUACCUUUUGUGCAACCCAGCCACAACUGGCUUAAUUUGAAAAACCACAUUAACCAUGGUUUAGUGCAUUGUGUGAACUUUAAGGAUUUAACUCCCAAAUGAGCCAGCAGCAGAACAGAAACACAGCAGCCAGAAAAAUAUUGGUCAGGCUUUCUAAUUAUGAUCUAUUAAGCUAUUUCUUCUGAAGGUAAAUCCCAGGGUUUUUUUCCCUGCUGCUUUCCUCCUUCAAACCAAAGCUGGCAGCUGAACAGUUUUAAGCAAAAAAUCAUAAUAAUCAUUUUGCCGAGUCCAGCUUGAACUCGGGCAGCCAGACUGCAGGCUUUUUUAGCGGCCGGCAGAGGGAGCGAGAGGGCCAGAAUUGGCGGCAGGCGGUCGUCCGUCUCUCCUUCUCCACCCACCCCCCUCUCUCCCUUUCCUGGUUGAUCCGAGAAGGAGGGAGCGCCGGAGCUCCACUUUCCCUGGGAGUGGAGAAGAGGAGGAGCGCAAACUGCGCAGGCGUCCCUCGCACCUUGUUGAUUAGUCAGUCCCCUGUGCUGGGAUGGCGUUUACUGGGUCAACUGGAGCUAUCCGCGAAAGAGUCAGCGGGAGCGACAGCAGCCGCCUUUGCAACCUACGCCGCGGCUGCCGAAGCAGCAGCGGUCGGUGGCAAGUCACCUUGCCGUUGCGCCAAGUCCAGGAUGGCCCGGGAAGGCGACGGCGGCAACAGUAGAGGCUGAAGGAAGAGUGCAGCUUCCCCCCCCCCCCGCCCCGACCCAAGGUCUUCGCUACCGCCGCUCGACUCUUCCGAACCGAAAGAAGGGCGGGAAGAUGGAUGCGGCCCCCUCCCCGGGAUUCGGUCUGAAGGAUGUGAAAUGGAGCUCCGUGUCCAUCCCUUUGGACCUUCUGGUUAGCACUUACCGCUUGCCCCAGGUCGUCAAACUGGACGGCGGAGAACCUAUAGAUGGUCUUCGAGAGAGUGAUUAUCUAUUGAUUCAUUCAUGCCGACAAUGGACAACUAUUACAGCUCAUAGUCUAGAAGAGGGCCAUUAUGUCAUAGGGCCGAAGAUAGAAAUUCCAGUGCAUUAUGCCGGGCAGUUUAAGCUGCUGGAACAAGACCGUGAUAUUAAGGAGCCAGUGCAGUAUUUUAACAGUGUGGAGGAGGUGGCUAAAGCAUUUCCUGAACGAGUUUACGUCAUGGAGGAAAUAACAUUCAACGUUAAGGUGGCUUCAGGUGAAUGCAAUGAAGACACAGAAGUUUAUAAUAUUACCCUUUGCACAGGCGAUGAGCUCACAUUAAUGGGACAAGCAGAAAUCCUAUAUGCAAAAUCUUCAAAGGAAAAGUCACGGCUCAAUACCAUCUUCAAGAAAAUUGGAAAACUCAAUUCCAUUAGCAAAUUGGGCAAAGGCAAAAUGCCUUGCUUGAUUUGCAUGAACCAUCGGACCAAUGAGAGUAUUAGCCUGCCUUUCCAGUGUAAAGGGAGAUUUAGCACACGUAGUCCCUUGGAGCUACAAAUGCAAGAAGGGGAGCAUACCAUUCGAAACAUCGUGGAAAAGACACGGCUCCCAGUGAAUGUGAAUGUGCCAAGCCCUCCCCCACGGAAUCCUUAUGACUUGCAUUUUGUCCGUGAAGGACACCGUUACAAGUUUGUUAAUAUUCAAACCAAGACAGUUGUGGUUUGCUGCGCACUACAUAGUAAUAAAAUUAUUCCAAUGCACUUUCCCUUGCAUUUAGCUCUUCCAAAGUUUACCCUUCCAGAAAGUCUUGUGAAAGGAGAAGCGUGGCAUGAAGCCUUUGUGAAGCACUGGUUCAGCCUCUGCCAAGAGCAGUUCGAUAUUGAUGAAUAUUCUCGUGCUGUGAGAGAUGUAAAAGCGGACUGGAAUGAAGACUGCAAAAGCCCACAAAAAAGUCGACCCACCAGCCACAACCAUGUGCCAAACUCUCUCAGUUAUGCUCGGGAUGAGUUGACCCAGUCUUUCCACCGUCUCUCUGUAUGUGUCUAUGGAAACAACCUCCAUGGAAAUAGCGAGGUGAACCUUCAUGAUUGCAGAGACUUGUGUAACGAGUGGGCUUUAUCUUCUCAUGAUGCUUUGCAAGAUUCUAGGGAUGGGAGCUGUAACUACCUUUUUCCUGAAAUUAGUGAAGAAACAGUCUGUUUACCUCCUAAACUGGAACUUCCAUAUGAAGAACUAUGGUUGGACAAAGGGGGUGGGAAAGUGAAUGAUCAGCCUCUUACUCGCUCACAGAGCGAAAAGAACAAAUGUGACAACUACAGGAGUUCUUUCCGGUCCAGGGGUGGUACAUCUUCUCUGCCAGCACCAGGAUCUUUAGUAGCAACAGCAAAAUCCUCAGAUGUUUCCCUACCUCCACCACCUGUGCCUCCUAAAUCAGAAGCAGUCAGAGAGGAAUGUAGACUCCUGAAUGCUCCUCCUGUCCCACCACGCAACUCAAAGCCAACAUCUACUAGCCCUUCUAUUCCUCCACGGAUGACCAAACCUGUGCGGCAGCAAACUCGUUCUCCUAGUCCAACACUUUCAUACUAUUCAUCAGGACUGCACAAUAUCAGCACCACUAAAGAAGAUGCUGAAAACUCUUCCGAGAUUACUCCCGUUACAUGUUAUCCAUGUGGUAUAGUGAAAAGUGACCUGCAAGAGCUUGACAACAAAUUGCCUUUGGGAAGCCCUUCUGCUGAUGGUUUGUUCUCUAGACUCUCAUGGCCAAAUCAUUUUUCUGGAGCUGCUGAAGGCCUUUCUAGGAGUGAGUUUCUGUUGGAUCCAAGCAGAAGUUACAGCUAUCCAAGGCAGAAGACUCCCAACACACCAAAGAGAAGCUGUCCAGCACCUUUUACAUUUGAUUUUGACAGAAAUGAAGUCUCUGCAGGAGAUGUACCACCAGCUACAAUUGAGGCAGAAUGCACCAUGCCCAGUUGCCCAAAGUCAGCAAGUUACUCACUUGAAUAUACCGGAAAAUGUUUGGCAAUAAGUGGCACCUUGCAGUCACUUUCUUGCCCUGCCUUACCCCCUCGUGCACCAAAGAUGGUGGAGGAGAAACCAGGGCUUGACUUCUGUCCUGGGUCUCUCAGAAUAGAUGGUGCUGAGGAAGAUCCUCACAGGAGCUCUCCAGACCUUUCUGAAGACGAGUAUCUGGAUAAAAAAAGCAUGCAAGACCUCUUCUCGGUUUCUUAUUCUUUCUCGUCACCCCUUCAUCUUCAGCUAGCGCCGAGAUCUUGUGGUGACGGUUCACCAUGGCAGCCACCUGUAGAUCUGUCUGGGCUUUCCAUUGAGGAAGUAUCUAAGUCUCUACGAUUUAUAGGCUUGUCGGAGGAUGUCAUAACACUUUUUGUUACUGAAAAAAUUGAUGGCAACUUGCUUGUCCAGCUCAAUGAAGAGAUCCUUUCUGAGGAUUUUAAACUCAGCAAACUGCAAGUUAAAAAAAUAUUGCAAUUUAUUAAUGGCUGGAGACCUAAAAUGUAGUGCUGACCAGUUCAACAAAAUGUAGAAGUAUGCUAGAAGCCCUGAAACUAACUCACAAUCUACCAUUUUUAAUUUUUUAUUGCACUAAGUCCGUCCUUCCUUCCUUCCUUCCUUCCUUCCUUCCUUCCUUCCUUCCUUCCUUCCUUCCUUCCUUCUGUAAAUAAUAGAAGAAAAACAGUUAUUACUAUGCAGAUUAUUUUGGGCGUUAAGCAAACACUUUUGUACAUAAUAGAAGGAUAAAGGUGUGCCUUUUGCAUCCCUGAACAUUCAACAGCUGCUAAAUAGUGGACAUUAAAGGGAAUUAAUUUGUUCUCAUGUAGUGUAGUGAUACAUAUUUAUUACUAUGGGUUAGCAAAACUGGUGCACAAAUCAGUUUAUUAUUAUUAUUAUUGCAUUUCUCUGUAAUCUUUUUUCUUCUUGAUUUAUUUUUAUUCUAAUAAUAAUAAUUGUUGCCUUCUGUUUUUAUCUGUUUAACAGAAAGUGUCAAAUAUUCCACCUUUGCACCUUGUUCUUGCUGUAGAUUCAUUUUUAUUAAAUUCCCAGAUUGUAAUAAAUAAUGGAUCCGUAUUUCAAUGCAAAAAAACAACAACCCCAACACAGUCUGGGCAGAUUGAUUCUUGUACCCAGCAGGUUUUUUUUUUUACAUAACAUACCAUUAAUACAAAAAAGAAAGAGGUAAAGAUUUUCGAUGUCUAGUAGGGGCAUGAGAUUAAGAAUAUACUAUUUUAAAAAUUUGAAAAGUAAUAGCUCGGUGUCAACCAAGAGCAGCAAAUAAUUGCAUUUAAAAGUUUUUGCAACCACUUUGCAAACUAUUGAAAUGUUUACAUGUAUUCUCAGCAAAUAUUGAUGCCCUAAUUUAAUUUGGAAUAAUUGAUAAAGAUCAUUAUCUCCAUUGUUUAUGUAUAAAGUGCAUUUAAAAUUAGAACGGAUAUUACAGUGAAUUUAAGAAGUGAGAAACUGGUAGAGUGAUUCAAUUAUUUCUUCCUGAUGAUUCAUAUUCUUCUUUUUUCCUUAAUAUUCUUAAAAAUUCAUACAGUUAAGGAAGAAGAAAGCCUGACCUAUGAAUCUAAAUUAAAAGAAUCCACAUUCCAAAAAUAAACCUAUCUAAUCAAAAUGAAACAGAAUAAUUUUCUUAAAGCAUUCUUUUUUGCUUAGGAGAAUAAUAAAUGUUUUAUUAAAUGAUGUAUGUAUAUUAUAAAUUUCUUGUAUAUCUGACAUGCAUUUGUUUAAGGGCUAAACACUUAAACAAAUGCAUGUCAGUUUUAACUGUAACAUACUUUAAAAUGAACAAACCUCGAGCUUUUGGGAUUUGUUUUUAGAGAAAUCUUGAGAUCCAGCAUUGCUGGAGGAUUUAAACUAAAUAUAUUAUAAUAUUGUGCUUCUGAGCACAUAUUUAGUCCACAUUUUUUCUUCUCCAAGUAUUCUUUCUCAGGAACCUGUUAUGGUAGAGGGCAGAGGAAGUUAUUAAGCAAUUGGAAACCAGAAACCCUUACCAAUCAAUGGCAGUUUAACCAAAGAUCUACCAGUAUAUCUCAAUCUACUUUCUAUUCACACCUAUCAUGUUCAGCAAAAACGCUAAUAUCUUUAUAAGAGAAAAAUGGGUGUAAUGUACCACCACUCAUUUUUUUGCACAUUUAAAUAUUAAACAGCAAGAAUGAUUCCUUUAAUCAUUCCUAAAUGAUGUACCUUAAGCAAAAAGAACUGUACCCUCUCCCAUCUCUUUAUAGCCUUGUUGCAAUAUUUCUGAAUGUGAUAUUUGCAUUUGUUUUUCACCCAUUAUGUAUCAGGAAACUAUAAGGCUUGUUGGAAACCUGAUGGAAGACUCCAUGCCAUAUAUGAGAGGAAGAAGCUAUGUUUUGGCCAUUAGAAGAAAAUUGUGACCUCUGAUAUAUUCAAACUCAAACAGUCCUACUUUAUCAAACUGGGUAAAGAAAGUGAUUUGAAAGUGAAUGCCUUUAAAAAUAAUGGAUGUUGGAGCCCAUUUGCAGAGAACUUUCUGGAAUGAGCAGUCCAACAAUGCCAUUUGAUAGAUUUUCAGAAGGGUCUGAAUAAUUUGGCCAUAUGCAGACAAUCCUAGAAUUUUUUUAUGAUACAAUAGCUAUUAGAAGUCAUGCUUUAGCUCCAAAAGUGUUAUGUAUAUGCCACAAAUAAAUGUUUUGAAGCUGUUAUCCUAUUGAUUGUGUUACAUAAUAGGAUUGUGCCAAGACAACAGCUUCUAGGAUGGGUAGUAGGAAAUGACUAACCAGGGGUCUUACACUAGUAGAGGGGUGUCAAACUUUAUUUCAUUGAGGGCCACAUCAGAGUUGUGUUUGACCACAGGGGGGCGGGGUGAACAAGGCCAGCUCAUUGUUACUCAUGUCGGGGUUGCCUGUGGUGGCCCAAGUGCUCUGCCAGCAAAAACAGGCUCCCGUUCUUGGUUGUGAGGGCCUCCUGCAACCCUCUGCCAGCGAAAACAGAGCUGAGGGCCGCACGCAGCCCUCCCAAGCUCCAUUUUCACUGGUGAGACAUCAUGGGCUGGGCCUUUCGCUGUUUCCAGGGCAGCCCCGGGGGGCAAAUCUGGCUCGCAGGCCUUGAGUUUGACACCCCUGCACUUGUACCAUAAACUCAGAUUGGGUUCUGGUGGUAAUAGGACUUGUAAAGGCCUGUGAUGAGAAGAAACAUGGUGAAAAUGAAGGAAAUCCAGAACAAGGAGUACUGCAAAUUUCUAGAUCAAGGUUAGGAGCAGGAGGCAACAAAGACAUAUAGACAGUUGCAGUAGGGAGAGCCCACCAGGAACUAACCUAAUAACUGUGCAAUAUCCAGGGACAGGAACCGCUAAAUGUUCAAUAAGUGAAUGUCACAUGUUCUCACACUUGCUGCUAUCAAUGGUGGGAAGAGAAAACAUAUCAUCUAGCAUAAUCCUAACAUUCCUGACCACCAACAUUGGAACUAGCUCAGGGCCAUGAACGAGGAGAGGAGGAAAAUUUUAAGGGAAAAACUACAGUAUGUAACCCAGUUUGAAAUAGCAGGAUCUUCAUUUUAUCAAUUCCUACCCUGGUACAUUGCUCUUCCUUGCUCCUUUAUCUUCCCCUCCAGAGGCUGAAUUUGAAGUUUUCAUUUUAUCUGUCCACUUCACUGAUAUAUUUAAUAAUACUAGUCAGUUGGAAGUUUAAUUAUAGUAUUCAUAUGCAUGGGGAUUCUAUGCAUGGAAUGGUGCUAAUUCUUGAAACUCUGUCCAUUUAUACAAAGACUCUAGUAACUUCUUACUGGAUACUAUGUCUAGUUUGAUGUUUGGAACAAUGUGAGACCGUGCACUUGAACAGAUUACCAUAACUUUCUUGUGCUGCUAUGCAAAUACUUUGGAGAAGGAAAAAUAUUCUUGUUGAUUUCCUCAUAGAAUGAAUCAUUCUGGAUAUAUUUAGAUACCAUCCAAUAUCUGCUUUCCUGUGCUUAUUGGAAAAACGACUGUGAUGAAAGUGAUUAGCUGAAAGCACAACAUGAAGAGUUUGCUUUAGGCAGAGCUUUGAAUAUACUUCUUGCUAUUGAAUCCUACUGCAGAAGAUUCAGCAGAGGGAACACUUUAUAAUAUAGUCCUUUAGACCUGAGUAUGUAGUGUUAUGCCACAGGACUUCAAGUGGAUUUCCUUAUAGAAGAAUGGAACCAGGGGAACUAAUGCCAGCUAUGUGUCUGCAUUGUCAUUGAUAAUUAAAUACCUAUAUUACAAUGCAUUGUGUUGCAGAGUUUAAUGAAAUCCCUCAGGAUUGUGCAUGCAAGCAGUGGCCCUUCAAUCUAUUCUAGAAAUGCAUUCUAUCUUCCAAGACAGAUUUUAGGGAUGCUUCAAAAAGAAAACUAAGAUCCAGAACUCAGGAAUCCACAUGGCCACUGUAUAACAGCAGAGUGAUUCAGAUAGCUCCAACAUGCUGCUGUCAUAUUUUGGCGGUUGGAGGCUUCAAGUCAACCUGGCAACUAACUGAACAAUUCCCUGCAGUUUUCUUGGGAAGACUUUCAGAAAUAGUCUGCCAUUGCCUCUUUUUUUUUAGGACUGGGAGAGUGUGACUAGCCCAAAGGCACCCAGCUGGCUAGGGCAGGGCUAGAAUUUGUGGGUUCCCAGUAGCCUAGUGCCUUAACUACUAUGUUAAACUGGUUCUUAUACUGCCACUUAAUCGUUACCUAACUUUUUGUAGCUCAGAUCUAAAUCGGUCCUGAUGAAAGAUAAAUUUGUUUCAUGAGAUGACAUCCAUUUGUGCAAAGCCAGAUGUACAAUCUUAAUAAUGUUUUCCAGGAAAUAAAGUUCUUUGAGUUAUAAAAUAUUAUAGUCUUUGAGAAAAUAAUCACAGUGAAAGUGGGAGAUAUAUUUCUAAGUAAGUAUGCAUAUAUUGUAAAACAGAGAAAAUAUCACACUGCUAGCGAUAAAAAAGAAAAACCUCUCAAUCUAAAGCUUUCUCCAAUUUGGAGAAUGUAUCCUAUUCCAUACAUUUUGAAAUUGGUCACAAUGUCUAUAAAUUUUGGGGUCUGAGGUGUUAUAAUAUCUGGAGGAUCCCUGGUAAAGAAUGCCUUAAAGAAUGUCGAUGUACAGUAUACUUUUUACAUAUGUCAUAAUGCAAGUGAUUCAGUAGAAUUAGAAAGGGUGAAUCAAUUCAACGGCUGAAGUAAUCCUGAAUUAAAAUAACAAUGUAUGAUGUUAUAGAUUCCUAUGUGACAGGUCUCACUCCUCAAAACUGCAGUAUUAUAAAAAUCUUAUUGUCACUUUCUUCCCAUACCCUGUGUAGUAUUUCAAACAAUUUGUUUAAGGCACAGUGGAGAAUAGUGAUGAAUUGAGUCGUUCCUGAAGGGGCAUGGAUUCUUCUCCCAUGGGAUGCAUGGUACCUGUUUGAAGACUAAUAGGUCGAUGAUUAGUUUGAUUAAAAGAUAGCUUAGCAUCAUCCAUUCUGGACCAUAAAAAUCUUGGGUCUUAUCUAAAUCAUCCCAAAGAUUUAUUAGAAGUUUGAAAUGAGCAAAUUUGUAAUUUUACAGUUGCUCUAUUAAGUUUCGAGCCUCUGCGAAUUUAGAGGAUAUCUAAUUAUUAAAAAUGAGGAACAGCAGCACCUAAAGUCAAAGAAUAGGCUAAGCAACAUGAAUCUAACUUCAUGCUGGAUAAAACACUGGCAACAGUAUUCAGAAACUGUGACCGCAUUGUAUCUACUUCCUAAAGUAAGAUGAAUGACGUUCAUGCAUAUCUCCCUACUCGAAGUUAUGUUUGGAGCAAUUGCAAUUUUCACAUCAAUUUCCAAAACUUAUUUUUUUAAAUGAAAAUUUAGAAAUUAAUAGUCUAGAUUGUAAUUUACUUCUCAGUAGAAAGAUGACACUAGAAGCAUUCAUGGCAUUUCUCAUUGAUAAAAUGAGGCUGAAAACAAAGUGGGAUAUAAAAGCCUUGCUAAUAUCUAGGACAGAGGUUUUUAUCUUAAUUAGCAAUGGGUUUAAUUUGUGAAUAAAGAAAUUGGGUUGGGUAUAAAAUUUUACUUGCACUGUAUCAAAAGAGCUUCUAGAUCACAUAUUACUAUUCAGUUUCAUGUUUGUAAGAAAUGUUUCAGAACAAAUCAAAAAAUUGACUCAGUAAGAAUAUUCAUUGUUACAUUUGUGAAAUUUGUGCUGGUCUGUAUAAUUCCAUUAAAAUGUUUGGAUGAGAAACAUUUAUUUAAACCAGGAGCAAAGAAUUAAUGCUCUAACGUAUAUAAAGACAUGUCAGUGUUGUAUUGUAAGUAUAUUUGUUUAUUAAAGAUACUAUUUUCAUGAUA